CGCUCAUCAAGUUGUAUUUCUCCAUUAUCGGCCGUAUCUGUGGUGUUGGCUGGCGCCGAGUGUCCGUGGGCCCGCCGUUCAAGCACCGAGCGAAGGAAAAGCCUCCGUAUUCGUGUCCCACUUGCUCCGCAAGGAAAGUGCCGCAGGUAUUGUGCCUCUCCGCGUUCAGCCUCCGAUUCCAAGAUGGACGUCAAGGAAGACGACAACGUCUGCAUCGUCUGCUGGCGUGAGAUCCACGUUUACGCGAUCGGCCUGUGCGACCACCCCGUCUGUCACGAGUGUUCCACUCGCAUGCGUGUGCUGUGCCGUAAGAGCGAGUGUCCCAUCUGUCGCCGUAACCUUCCCAAGGUGAUCUUUGUGAAGGAGUGCCGCCCCUACGAAGAGCUGAACAAGCGGCUGUACCAGGUGGACGUGCGGCCGCAUAUAUGCUUCGAGGAUGAGUCGGUGCGGCAGGCCUACCGCGAGCUACUCGACAACCGCUGCAAGUACUGCCCGCUGGCACAGGGCAAGCCGGCGCCAAUCUUCAGCAACUUUGGCAUGCUGCGGAACCAUGUGCGCAAGGAGCACAACCGCACCUACUGCGACCUCUGCGUCGAGCACCUCAAGAUCUUUCCGUGUGAGCGGACAGCAUACACGCGGAGGGACAUGGCACGGCACCUAAGCCAGGGGGACUUGGAUGACACCUCGCACAAGGGCCACCCUCUGUGCAAGUUCUGCGACAUGCGCUACUUCGACAACGACGAGCUGUACCGGCACCUGCGCCGGGACCACUACUACUGCCACUUCUGUGGCGACGACUACCGGCUCCAGUACUACCGCAACUACGAAUACCUGCGGGCGCACUUCCGAGAAGAACACUUCCUGUGCGAGGAGGGCGACUGCCGCAACGAGACGUUCACGGCUGCCUUCCGCAGCGAGAUCGACCUCAAGGCUCACCGCGCCCAGCAGCACAACCGGUCGCUCACCAAGGCCCAGGCCAAGCAGGCACGCACCCUUGACCUCGAGUUUGCUGUCACACCGAGGGCCAACUCCCACUCAUCCAGCGGCUACCACGAUGACUCUGGGAGCUACGGACGACGCCCACUGCGACAACCGCGGUCAGGGAGAGGCCCACCGCCAGACACGAGCAGGGAUGAACAGAUGGCACGGAAUCUGCAGGGUGUGCAGUCGCGAUCGCAGGGACCGCAGAACCUGAACAUGACGUGGGAAUUGCAGCCACCAGUCGAUUAUCGCUGCGAAAAGGAGUUCCCGCAGCUGGGCAGUGAUGGGGCCGCAGCAGCAUCAUCUACAUCUACUUCGUCUGGGCACAAGGCGUCCGUUGACCCGUUUCCAGUGGCAGCUUCGUCAUACCCGCCCAGGAAACCGGACAAGGUCAAUGUCAACAGUGUCGACGAGUUUCCUUCGCUCAACCCGUCAUCCUCUUCCGCGACGCAGCAGGUGCCAGCUAUGCCGCAAACAGCCAUGGUGUCGCUUCGCAAGGCAGCGAAGGCACAAGCCAAAGGCCAGGCCAAUGGAAUACCGCCGGGUCGAGGGUCGGUCACAAAACAGCAGCCGCAGCAGCAGCAGCAACAACAGAAGCAGCAGCAGAAGGAUGCAAACAACAAUGGUACUGGAGGGAAAUCCGUAGCGAACUGGUUGGCACAGGCAUCAGGAGACCGUGGCUCGGUGAAACCACAGCUGCCGAUGGCUUCGGUGGUGGUGACGGCGCGACCUGCACCGGAGCCAUCCAGGGCAAACAAGCCGGCCUCCAAGGCCUCAUCAAAAAUGGCGCUCGAGGAGGACUUUCCUACGCUGGCAACACGUAGCAUUGCCCGGAUUUCAAUCUCGUCCUCACCAACGCCUCCACCUCAAUCGGAACCACCUUGGAACUCAGGGAAGUUGGCAAAAACAAAGAAAAAGAAAAGGGGGGAGGAGACUAAACAAACAGAGUCGUCGCAGCCCCCACCGACGGCUGAAAUCAACAACAACAGCACCGACAGCACUGCCAAGGCAUCGUUGACAGUCACACGCAAACAGCCAUCUGAGACGAGUACUGAAUCAACAGCGCCAUCCACCGCUGCUCCCACGAACAACCUACUCCAACUCAUUGCAGCAGCAAGGAAAGGGACCACUAUCCAGGCACCUCCCACGCCUACCCCCGAACUGGCCUCCGACGGUGACACUUCAGACUCCGACGAACGGCCGCCGAGGCUGACGGUUUCGGAUUUUCCCUGUCUCAAUGGACGACCAACGGCAACCGCUGCACCUCCGCCGGGAUUUGGCAAACCCAAGCCACCGCCCGGGUUUGCGCGACCCAGCGCGUGCGACGCACCGAUGGGGACACUGUCCUCCCUCGUGACUACGACUACAACUCCUGCAUCACCCGCCGUGCCGCCGCAGUACAUGCCACCAGCAGGCUUUCCGCAGCGGAAUCUCAGUUUGAUCCAGGACGUGCAGCAGAUCCUGGCCAAGCGUUCUGAGGAUGGCCUCUUUGCCAAGUUCAAGUCGCUGUCAGGCUCGUUUCGCCAGGGGGUGCUGACCGCCGACGAGUACUUUGCCCGCUGCAUCGAGCUGUUUGGCUCCGAGAAGGAGUUCAUUGCCAUCUUUCCCGAGCUGUUGUUCCUGCUGCCGGACAUUCGGAAGCAGCAGGAGCUCAUGGCCACGUUCAACGCACACCGGAGGGCACAAGCGGCGACGUCUGGCGCACUGCCCAAAGGGUCACCUGUGCAACUGCUCGUGUGCGCAACCUGCCAGCAGGUGCUGUCUGCCGAGGACUUCCGGAGUCACCGCACUGUGCACGACCCCUCGUGACUCGAACUUGCCGCAUACAUCCAAGUGCCUUCUUCACUUCAGCAUCUCGGUACAACUUGGUAAUGCCAACAAAUUACUGGUGAUGUCGCCGGAUUACUUGUGAUGCCAUUGGCAAUUCCACCGAAGCUCGUCUUAAGGAGAGUGGCCGUCAUUCCCACCAUCGCCAUCGGCUGUUCAGUCGGGCGCACAUUUGGGCUUCUGAACAUCUGGUGUCAGGAUGCCAAGUGAAGUUUCCCCAACUCAAAGCGCCGAUUGUGAGUGCUUGGGACUGAUGUGAACUGGUAUUUCCCACAAAGAACUUGUUUUUAUUAUCAAAAGCAGGUGGCUUCGCUGCCUUGUUUGUACUGUGCCCUCCCCUUCCCGCUGUUUCACUCAUCGCAAAUGUAAAGGUCAUUAACUAACCUCAUUGCUUUGCUCGAUAGUGGUGCCAUCUUUGAUCGCUCCCAUCAUCUUUAUUUUAGGGUUGUGUAAUGUCCAGCCUAAAGAUGGCCAGUCUUGUCUUGUUCUGAACUCACCAAAUGCAUGAUGUAAAGGUGAAGUACUCUGGUAUAAAGUGCUGUGGAAAUUGACUCAACCUUACUAUUUUUUUUUCCCACUUACGUCGGUGCAAGACGUGAAUGCCAAUGUUGCUAGUCUGAUGCGUAGUGUCAAAAGGCAUUGAUGCACUGGUUCCAGUCUGCCGAAAGACAAAGGAAGUGUGAAUGCUGAACAAACAGCGUGUUGGCGGGCCUUUUUUCUUCUUUCUUGCUUAACGCAAUUUCCCGCGAUUGCUUUGGACUAAGUCAUCUGUAGCGAUCUUUCAAACCGUUGUUGUUCAUGUUCAUUUGCGUGGAUCGUUGAUUGUUACUUAACAAGUCCCGUUUCUGUUAUUAAACCUUUGCUUUUAGACUUUUUUUUUCUUCUUUCUUUGUAACUGUGAUCAUGUGUGCCUUUCACCGUAACGCCGGAUUAUUUAAUGUCUAAACAAUUUUGGAUCGAUAACAAGUACGCACACUUCCUCCUACGCAUACUUUCCUUUGUACUUUUGUAGAAGCAAUAGUAAUACACUCGAUUUUAGUUGGAGAGAUGUCUAGCAGAAUUUUGAGGGGAGGUGACUGGCACCAUCAUUAAGUUGGAUCUUAGUUGUUUCUGGACUAGUUUAUUUUGUCUAGCUUACCGGUCAUUGCAGAUAGCACAACUUGGCUAAUAUAAUUUGUGGGCAGAUGGAUUUUCAAAGCAUUCUGUUCUUUCUGUUUUGCCUAUUGGUUUUCCUUCAAAUUUGCUUCAUGCUGUGGGCGCCUUUGUUCACAUUCAUAAUGAACUGUUGCCUGUUCAUUGGGUUUGCAGAUCGGGCAUAUUCCGUAGACACAAGUGAAAUUAAUCAUUUUUAAGCGAACUUUAACUGAUUUCUUUUUUUUAUCCUUGAACGCAAUGGCUCAUUUGCCACCAGCUCAAUGAAGACCAACAUUGAUAAUUAUUUUUGCAAGUUCACUGUUGCUAUUUCCAUUUCUUUUUCUUUUCUUUUGAAUGUUUUUUGCUGCCGAAUCAAUUUGGCCUGCAUUACUGGGUGGAUAUGUCAAUCCUUGUGUGUUCUGCUCGUAGCUGUCCUUGUCAUGCAGAUCGAUUGAAAUUUUCUUUUUGUAAUAAUGAAUUUGAACGGUUGACCCCCUCCGUUCUCCCCCCCUCUUUUUUUGUUUUUUAUAUAUGGUUUCCAGAAGGUAUGCUUUGCAUUUUUGAUGUGCUGAGGGGGACUACUGAUCAGUGUGUAUUGUAAAAGCUGCACUGCCCGCUUUUCGAAUCUACUGAUUUCAAAACUGUUCAGAGCUCCCAUAGCUCUGCAUCAGCAGGUAUGCCUUGAUGCAGCGUUUUAUUUUUAUCCUUUCAUAACUUCCUAACUGCUUCAUUUGAACCAAGUUCCUUUGUCUUUCAUGCCUGCAGACUACCAUCUCAGGUCGUUGCACUUUCGAGUCGAGAAGUACUCUCAACUUUCCCUAGAGAGUCGUUCCACACUAACAUUGACAACCUUAAAAAGAAUGUGUGGCCACAUUUUCUUUUUUCCUUUUUCCUGCUUUAGCUUUUUGGUGGACUGUCCGACAGACCCUGUGAGGCUGGCAUGCAGCACUGUGUUCACAGCUGUGCAGAAUUUAGAAGCAUUCUUUUUGCUUGUCUGUCUGCUGUGCCGCUUGUUUUAAUUCUGCUGGUGGCAGAGUGAUUGCCACAUAACAUGUACUGUGCUUAUGCUUCUUUGCUUGUACAAAUGGUGAGAGAGGUGCUUUUUCGAGGAGUAAAUUAUUUGUUUCGUUUGGAA